GAAGGUGGUUUUUUAAGGUUUGGCCCGUGCACUCCCUGUCCCCGAACUUUUUCGACAAUCUUCAAUCCUCACAAUCCACAACCACCAACGUAAACACUUGCAUUCUCUCUCCACAUCCGUAACCAUACCAGAUCGCUCUAAGCGCACCUAAAAUCUGAAUUGAAGCAAUUGAAAGUCCCUAUCGUCCUGUCAUCUUGACCAAACCACGGUCUGUACCCUCCGUUGGCGCAUUGCCCGUACACACCAAAACUCUGAACACACCCUCUACGACCACUCAACAUGAUCCGAAAGCAAGCUCGCGAGAGGCGAGACUACCUAUAUCGAAGGGCACUCACUCUUCAGCAAGCUGAGAUUGCAAACAAGCGCGCCGCGCUCAAGGCCUCCCUCGCAAGCGGCAAACCACUCGACCCUAGCAUCGCAAACGACGAAUCGCUCCGCAAAGACUUCAAGUACGACGAGAGCAGAGGAGACAGGACAGUAGAGGAGGAACUUGGCCUGGACGAUGAAUAUGCACAAUUGUCUGGCAUUGUCGACCCAAGGAUAUUGGUCACCACAUCGAGAGAUCCCAGUUCGCGCCUGGGAACGUUCGCGAAGGAAAUCAGAUUGCUACUUCCCACGAGUAUACGAUUGAACCGUGGUAACCUCAUUCUGCCCAAUCUAGUCAGCAGCGCGACGGCAUCAGGUCUUUCGGAUAUCAUCCUCCUUCACGAGCAUCGUGGUACGCCAACUGCGAUGACCGUGUCGCAUUUCCCACAUGGCCCUACCGCGAGCUUCUCACUGCACAAUGUCGUUCUUCGAGCAGACAUCCCCAACAGUGCAAGGGGAACGGUGUCGGAAAGUUAUCCACACCUGAUAUUUGAGGGUUUCACGACCAAGCUUGGUCUGCGAUGCGUGCAGAUUUUGAAGCAUCUCUUCCCACCGCGAGAAGCCACCGCGAAGGUCGGCAAUCGCGUCAUUACUUUCAAGAACAUUGAAGAUUCAAUUGAAGUCCGGCAUCAUGUCUUCGUAAAGACCGGAUACCAGAGCAUCGAGCUCGCCGAAGUUGGUCCUCGAAUGACGAUGCGCUUAUACGAGAUCCGCGCUGGCACUUUGGAUAACAAGGACGGUGAUGUCGAGUGGCAUCUCAAUCAAUUCACCCGGACAGCGAAGAAGAAGGACUACCUAUAAACGUCUCAGUGGGAACGUCAUUCUUUCGCGCUGCAUGUUCGAGUCUGGCUCUUGUUCAUCAAGAUGUCGUGGAACAGGUCAUAAGGUGUCUUUCCGAAUAUACUAGGACAGUUA